GUCGCGUCGCCAUGGCCUAGUGCUCGUGGAGAUCUCCUAGGUGCGUGCGUGGCGAACUUGACGUAGGUGAGGGCGUGAGGAUUGAGCUGGUCGGACGGGGUGAGGUGAGGCGAGGCGAGGUGUCCAUGGUCGUUGCCAAGAUGCGGUGGGCAGCCGAGGGCGAUGAUGAUCACCGGCUGCCGGGAGGCAAGCGGGCGGCGUCGCUCGGCAUACUGGCGUUCGAGGCGGCGACCACGAUGGCGAAGCUCCUGUCGCUGAGCCGGUCGCUGUCGGAGAAGGAGGUGGCGAAGCUACGGUCGCACGCCAUGCGGGCGGCGGGCGUGGAGUAUCUUAGCUCGACUGAUCAGUCGUUCCUGCUCCGGCUGGCGUGCGCGGAGGCGGUGGCGGCGCUGGACGCCGCGGCGGCGGCGGUCGCUCGGCUCGGUGCGCGGUGUGGGCUCGACUUCGCGGGGCCGUACACGAGCCUCAAGGCCGGCGCGCCCGACGCGCGGCUGGAUCAGUUCGUGGCCAGGGGGCUCAAGGUGAAGGCCAAGAGGAUGGAGCGGCUCGUCGCUGCCACGGCCAAGCUCUGCGCCGAGAUGGAGGCGCUCGACGAGCUCGAGGCGGCGGAGCAGAAGCUCGCACGCCGCGGGUGGGGCCGCCUGAGCGGGCCGAUCCCCUCGCCCGCCGCCACCGCUGCGGCCGCCGGCGACGCGCUCCAUCUGGAUAUCAGGGCGCAGCGCGCCAGAGUGCGGCGGCUCAAGGAGGAGUCGCUCUGGAGCCAGAGCUACGAGAAGGUCGUCAUCCUCAUGGCCCGCGCCGCCUGCGCUGCGUUCGUCCGAGUUUGCGUUAUCUUCGGCGCCAACGUCCCCGGCCUGCCACCGCCGCUCCCUCCCACCGACGCCGUCCACAGCCGCCUCUGCAAGCUGCUGCUCCACCCAAUGUCGGCGGCGGCGGCGGCGGUGGCGGCGCAGCCCAGGUCGUUGUCAGGUCCCAUCCAACGUCGAGACGUGCCGCUGCGCAUUGAGAUGAGCAGCAACUCGUGCCCGAUCAUACGCUCGCAGUGGCAGCAGCCAGGGAAGACGCCGCCGGGCGCCGACUACUGGCGGAAGCUCCUGGAGCCGCCGCCGGGCACGGUGGGCGGCGCAGGGCUGGACCUGCAGUACGCGAACGUGAUCACCACGGCGGAGCGGCUGCUGCUGGAGACGGGGGCCGAGGGGCGCCACGAGGAGGCGCGCGAGGAGCUGUACGCGAUGCUGCCGUCCAAGCCGCGGGCGGCCGUGCGGGCGAAGCUGCGCGGGUGGUGGAGGGAGAGAGGCGCGGGCGCGGGCGCGGCGCCGCCGCUGGACGCGGGGCUCGCGGAGGGGUGGAGGUCGGCGGCGGGGCGCAUCCUGGCGUGGCUGGCGCCGAUGGCGCGGGACACGGCGCGGUGGCACGCGGAGCGGAGCAUGGACAGGCGGCGGCGGUUCGAGGUGGGCGGCGGCGGCGCGCGGGCGUGGGCGCUGCAGACGCUGCGGUGGGCCGACGCGGAGAAGGCGGAGGCCGCGGUGGUGGAGGUGCUCGUCGCGCUCAGCUGCGUGUGCUGGUACGAGGAGCGGCGGCGGCGGGAGGCGUCUCUCCGGUUGUGAGCUGCAAGUUCUCUCGCGUCUUUGGCUUCGCCGCCGGCGGCCUCUCCGGUACGUGCAUGGAACGGUGAAAAGAAAAAAAAAUGUAGCCUUACCCCAAAUGGGAUCGAUUCUUUGUAAAAUAUUUUUUUAACCCGAUUCUUUUUACAAAAAUCUGUUCAAGUACGAGUUCGAGGAGUAAAACACCACGAGAUUGUA